CUCGUCCUUUUUAUCGACAGUGAGAGAGAGGAUAUGCGCCUUACCGACCAAGCUGCGCGUGCUUUGCUUACACGGCUUCCGCACAAACGUUACGGUGAUGCACCACCAAGUGCGGGGGUUUCGUGAAAGCUUUGGCGACGGAGCCGAGUUUUUCUACGUGAACGGCCCGUUUCCGGCGAACGGGCCAAUGGAAGACGCUAUCGAGGCCAAGUUUGGUUCGUCCGCGCCAUUCUUCGAGUGGUUUCGAGGGGAUCCAGUAGAAGGCGAUGACAACACAGGUACCCGAUAUGUCGGUUGGGAGCACUCUGUCGCUUACUUGCUGCGCCACCUCAACACCCACAAGCCGUACAACAUUGUGCUGGGCUUUUGCCAAGGCGGUAUGAUGGCGACGCUCCUUGCAGCGCACUUUCAAGCCGACCACACGCCAUUUCCAUUCAAAGCCGUCGUGUGCGUGGGGGUUGUGAGUCCUCCACUGGAUGGAGUAGCCCCAUCGUUGAACCUGGGGCUGUCGACAACAGGAAAGACUCCAAGGGGUGAACUCAAGGUGCCAGCAAUGAUCGUGUUGGGGGAAGCCGACCCGUUCUUCCACACUGGCAAGUACCUCGUCCACGUAUACGACAAGGCCACUCGGCGCUACUUUGUCCACGCAGAGGGCCACAAGUUCCCCAGUGUGAAGAACCAUCAUGCCCUGUACGACGAAAUCGUCACCACGUUGUGCCACGUAUGUUCUCAAAAUCGUUAAAACUGAAACUCAAUUUUGACUGUUGCCUCAA